CGUGAAAAAAGCGACAGCUUGCCGUAUCAACCGCAUUCGGGACGAGGUGGUCGUGGAGGUGGCAAGAAGAAACCGUACAGUGGACGAGGUUCGAUGAUGCGUGGUCGAGCAUCACACAGUGACUUGACUGAGCACAGCAGCAAUGGUACGGUGUCGAUACGAGGUAAACGAGGCGGUCGGAAUGGCUAUAAGAAUGGUAAAGGAACACGGGGACGAAGACCGAGGUGA